GAUAUGCGGGAAUUCAAACUCUGAAAACUCAAAGAGAAUGGCAUCUUCGUUGACUUAUUCACGAUACAGCAGUAAUUCAGAUAAUUACUAUGAUAUAAACGACAUUCUUGCGACUCAUGAAAAGAUACCUUGUAAGGUUGAACUACCAUUGCAUCGACUUGGUUUUUUGAAUCCUGGUUCAGAUGGUGAAAACAUACGAGUUGGUACGAAAAUGGAUCUUCCCUACUGGCUGGUCACCGGGCUCCUCGGGCGGCGCAGGCCUCUUGUAAGCGUUGAACCGCCCAAGUAUUUUCGCGGCUCCUACCGAGAGAUAAUGAGUGCUGAUGCAAACAUCGUCGAUUUACAUAAAAUGGGCCCCUACUUCUACGCUUUUGGAACUAAAAUUCUCAGUUUUGAUUUCCCAGAAUCCGAAGACAUCGCAAAGUCAUUGAUUGAGACCUACAUUAAUCGUUUCCGCAAGGUAAUGGAUGGCUCACAGAAUGCAUCUCAUGAGGAUAAUAACCGCCUAACAAGCAAGAUGGAUGAAUCAGAGAGGUCUAUCUACCGAGCUGGACAGGCUAGUCUUAGGAGUUUUCAGAGCUGGGAGACGAGACAGAUCACAAAGAUCUGUACGUCAGAUAUGGUAGCUAACCACAGGAAGAGAAAACGAGCAGCAAUGGAUGAAGAUGAUCAAUGAACAAGAUAGUUGUAGAUAACAAGAUAUACAUCUGAUAUGGUAGCUAACCACAAGAAAAGAAAACAAGCAGUGAUGGAUGGAGGUGGUCAUGGAACAAGAUAGAUUAUGAAAGAUGUGCAUAUAAAUCAAUCAGAUAUUGGUAGCUCACCACAGGAAAAGGAAACGAGCAGCAAUGGAUGAAUAAGAUCACUCAACAAGAUUGAUGUUGAUAACAAGACGCAUGUAUAAAUCUGAUAUGGUAGCUAACCGCAUGAAAAUAAAACAACAGUAAUUGAUGAAGAUGGUCAUGGAACGAUAGAUUAUGUAAGAUAUGAAUUGAAUAUAGGCCUACAUCACAUAUAUGGUAGCUAACCUAAGAGAAUAAAAAAAUAACGGCAAUGGAUGAAGAUGAUCACUGAACAAGAUAGAUAUCAUGGUCCCAUUUCAUACCUUAGACUUAUUUAAAGGUCAAGUCCACCCUAGGAAAAUGCUGACUUGAAUAAAUAGAGAAAAAUCAAACAAGCAUAGUGCUGAAAAUUUCAUCAAAAUUGGAUGUAAAAUAAGAAAGUUAUGACAUGUUAAAGUUUCGCUUAUUUUUCACAAAACAGUGAUAUGCAGAACUAGGUGAGUCAGUCGAUGAUGUCCAUCACUCACUAUUUCUUUUGUUUUUUAUUGUUUGAAUUAUACAAUAUUUCAAUUUUUUAUAGAUUUAACAAUAAGGACCAACUUGACUGAACCAUAUAGUAUUUAACAAUGCUAAUUCCAUCUGUUCAGGGAGGAAUUAAUCGUUGUAUCACUUGACAAUGAGGAGAAAAUUAGAAUAUUUCAUAUUUCAUAUAAUAAAAUACAAGAGAAAUAGUGAGUGGAUGACGUCAUAGUCUUUUCAUUUGCAUACCAGCCAGGAUGUGCAUAUAACUAUUUUUGUGAAAUUAAGCGAAACUUUAAAAUGUCAUAAAUUUCUUAUUUUACAUCCAAUUUUGAUGAAAUUUUAAUUGUUAUGCUUGGUGGAUUUUUCUCUUUUUAUUCAAAUCUACUUUUUGUUGGGGUGGACUUGACCUUUAAAUAACAAAUGCAUAAUUUCUAUAACAAGCUUACUACCAGUCAAUCACAUUGAAGGAUUUCUUUAUCUUUUAACUGUUAAUGUAAAUUUGUUAUUAUGUACAAGUUGGUAAGACGAUCACUGAAAUUAUAAGAUAUAUCACAGAGGUAUGUGCAUCAGAUAUGGUCGCUAACCAGGCAAAGAAAACAAAUGGUAAUGGAUGAAGAUGGUCAGUGAACAAAACAGAUCACAAAGAUAUCUUCAUCAGAUGGUAACUAACCACAUUGUUGAAGAUGAUCACUGAAUCAAGCUGCUCAGCUAAUACAUGGUGGGUGUUUCAUAAAGCUGUUCGUACGUUAAGGGCGACUGUAAGAACGACUGUUGAACCUUCCUUACACGCUAGCGGCUAAAUAAUCACCAAUGAACAUUUAAUGGUGGGUAUCAUUUACCACAAGAAAGUAUCACCAGUUCUUAAAGUCGCUCUUUACUUACGAACAGCUUUAUGAAACGGCCCCCUGGAUGUUACAGUGAGAGAGGAGAUCUCCUUGUCACCAAAAGGAUCAACAAAUUGAUGAGGAAAGAGAAUGGUGUGGCCCUGGCUGACAUUGAUUUAUUCCUUUUAUCUGCCACUGUAAAUACAGGGUUCUCUCUUGUAAUGUGCAAAUGCCAAACUUGCACCCCAGAUCAGAUCACAAUGUGUAGAUCACAUCUUCAUUCAUCAUCAGUGAUCUGACAGUUAAUAGAAAGAUCUGUGUAAUUCUGCUCAAGCUGACCAUAACAGAAUUGUAUACUUCUGAUGUGGGAUGAAUCUUCUUCAAGUAUCACUGUUACAUGAUAUUUUAUUCAGGAAACAAAAGGCUGAUAUUACUUGAAAUAUAUGUGUGGAGGUCAUUUACGAAAGAAUAAUAUUGUUUAAAAUUAAAUGUGAACUUUGAAACACUA